UAUGGUUUGAGCGCAUGCUCAGUCAGUGCGAGGACAGCCAUAGUUGCCGUCAGUUAUUGUUCGCGUGAAGAGGUACGAUUGAUAUCGUCUGAAUGGCAGAUCAGCAGUCGGCCCUGUUGCUACGAAAACAGCUAAACGAGCUGAAGAAAAAUCCCGUGGAAGGCUUCUCUGCUGGGUUGGUAGACGACAAUGACAUCUACAAGUGGGAGGUGCUCAUUAUUGGUCCACCGGACACACUGUAUGAGGGUGGGUUCUUCAAGGCACACCUGCAAUUCCCAAAGGAGUAUCCGCUACGUCCGCCGAAGAUGAAAUUCAUUACAGAAAUAUGGCACCCAAACAUUGAGAAGAAUGGCGACGUCUGCAUCUCCAUCUUGCACGAACCAGGGGAUGACAAGUACGGCUAUGAGAAGGCGAGCGAGCGCUGGCUUCCUGUGCACACUGUGGAAACCAUUCUCAUCUCUGUCAUCUCCAUGCUGGCCGACCCCAACGACGAGUCGCCCGCGAAUGUGGAUGCGGCGAAGCAGUGGAGGGAAAACUAUGCCGACUUCAAGCGGAGAGUUGCGCAGUGUGUUAGGAAAAGUCAAGAGGAUGCCUAGAAUAAAUUUUCCGUAGUCUAACUUUCGGUCCUGGGAGUCUCGCUUGUCCGCACAUCCCACGUAUUCAACAAAUAUCUGCUGCGAAAGUUAAGGAACAGUUUGAGAAGAGAGGUAAAAAGGAAACAAAACUGCACUUCUGAAGCCACCCUGGGACUGUGAAACAUGUGCAGGAAACUAAAGUUGAUUUCUUUUUUUCUUUUUGAAAGGGACAUUGUUGGGGCACAGCUUGAAAAGUCGUAGCGAUGUACCCACGGAAAGUGGCGAAAUUUUCUUUUCUUGGUGGUAGUUCGGGAAAUGGCGGAAGAGACGUUCUUUCUUCGUGACCUCGAGGCGCAACUUUGACUGCUCCGGCAACUCCAGUGGCUGCUCCUCUGCACCGAAAAACAACAAAAACAAAUACGCCGUCAACAAAAUUCCUUUUGUACCACGCUGUUGUUCGCCUGAAGGGGCGGGUAGACCUGCAGUCAUUUCCCUUUCCACAUCUUUUGAACACGAAAGUGAUAAAAACGCAAAAAAAAUAGACUGAUACAUGCUUGAUACUUCUUGUGCUUUCCCAGAUUUAAAAAAAAUGUGACCCAAUUUUUUUUUGUGGAACGAUAUACCCAUACAGUGUGGGUGUGUGUGUGAAUGUUCGAUUUUUAACAUUUCUCCUGUUGCUGCCGUGUCUUUCUUUUGUUUUCCGUGCCACACUUUACCAAUUGUGUACUCUGAAACUUAUUGGAGAUGUUCUUUCAGCCUUCUGUUCAAAGUUGGAAUGUCAGAGAUGUGGGAAUUGGCAAGAGGUUUGUGCCUCAGUGCAUCAUAUAUAAGAAAAAAAGAAAAAACAGAGUGCAUUGAAAGGUCAUCCUAGCUUUGGGAAUGUCUUGUUUCUGCAGAAUCUGUAGUGCCUGUUCGUUCUUUUUUAAGGGCUUUUUGGUUGUCUUUCUGCAUAGUGUGCUUGUGCUCAAGUAUUUUGUAGCCAUUGCGCAAAGUUCUUAAUGUCGGCAUUUGCAAAGAGUUUGUGGCAAGCAAGGUGCCGUUACGGAAGAGGGCACCUAAUCCCUAUUUAAACUAAUUAAUAUGGAACUGGGAGUUUAAACACUACUCACCUACGCACAUUACAUAACUCCUGUGUUUGUGAGAAAAAUGUCAUUUGUUUCGUCUCGCUGUUUCAAGCUGGUGUUGAUUUCAUACUGCACAUACAUUUGUCAUUAGGUGGUGUUGCAUUUGAUGUUGCAUUUGCUUCACAUUGCCAGGCCUCUGCUAUGAUUAUUCGUCUUGCAUGGUUAUCGUUCUUUUUGUUGUUGUUGUUUCAUCUAUUGGUUAUACAUCAGUCAGUGCAACACAUUUCCAUCUGUGAGCGGAGAGUGCACAAUGAGCAUGGAGUGGAAGCCUGUGUUAUUGAUGAGGCAAAUGGAACUUCCAUUUCGAGUAAAAUUUUUCCUAUCCAAAUCGGUUAUUCUUUCUUUUGGCACCUCUACUCUGGGCUGCGGUCACAGGGAUGUUCACUACGCCAUGGAGGAAUUUGUAUCAGUCAGACUAAAAUAAUCGAAGAAUUCAUCUUUUUAAACAUUUCAAUACUAAUAUUCUGUAAUUUUGUUGUAUUAAGUAUUCCUAGCUUAUACAAGAAGUAUUGCGAAGAAACACCGAAGAAAAAAAUCAUUGGUAUGAGCCAUGAAAAAACAUUUUUUCUAGAAAGAUUGGGAGGCGCCUCCUCUACAUAAGUACUUGUUUUCAGUUAAAGCAUGUUAUUACUGUGAUGUUAUCGCUAAACUUUUAGCCUGUUCUAGGGGUGUUAUUGAGUUCCUUUCUAACAAAAUUUUUAGCUUGCAUUAUGUAAAUCCUGACAUUGGGCACCUCUUUUCUGUAUGUUGCUGAAAGAAACGUAAACCCUUAUAUUUACAUAUGCAGCUUAACUUCCAUAGUCCUAACCUUCUCUCGACACUGGCACGAGGAAUGGCAGUGCCACUUUUUACAGUUGAACAUGUUGGGGUGUUUAUGUUGCUUUUCUGUAAUACCUAACCAGAGUUUUUUUCUUUGUUCAAGCAUUUUUGGUGUACACUGAAAAGUGCUCUAUCGGAAGGGCAUUUCUCGAGCGACACCGCCUCGUUGGAAAUUGCCAAGGGGCAUUAAUGAAGAUGACGCCUCGUUCAGAAUUCAUUCGAUCGAGUAUGGGGUUAAUACCUUGCCACAUUUGAAUUGAGGGACAAGGCACAGUGACCAGUUUUAAAGUGGAGUGAACACAGUCAUUGCCUGCUUACUUGCCUUGUAACACAUCUGCUUUGGCAGUUGUGCCUCUGCUAACUGCUAGUUGUGGAGUUUAACUGUAUAAUAUCGCAGUCACAGCUGGAAAAGAAAAAAAAUAACGAAUUGUUUGCUUUCUCAGCCUUGUUGCUCCUCUCCCACCUUUGUUCUGUGUAUACAAGUGAGCCAUUUUGAUACUCCUGAAGUUUUUUUCUUUAUACAUUUGUUGCCUUGUGUUUACAGUUCUCAGAAUUUGUGCAACUGCCAUCAUUGUCCCAAUUUUUUUUUUUCUGAUGUUGCGACUGCAGUUACUAGACACCCUGUGAAUUUUUCUCAGCUUUGUACAGUUGACUAAAUAUAUUUUCAUCUCUUUA